UAUUCCGACGACAUACCGACGAUUUUUUCUCUCAGUAUCCCGAUGUUUUCUUGUAGUGAUGCAUCCGCAAAGCAACUGCUUUAGCUUCAAGACGAGAGCUAGUAGGAGGUUUAACAUAGUAUCCAUGGAAACAAUGGAUGCCUCCUAUGCUAUACACUAUAAAGACCAUUCAAUUUAUAUAUUUGCGUGUAGGAAAAUUUCAGGAUUUCAAACGCAUUUUUGUAUUGCAGUCAAAAGUAUUUAUUUUGAUAUAUUAUUAACAGCAAAAUUACAAAAGGUUUAAUACAAAUUGCAAAUGUUGAUAUGAUAUUAUGACGCAAAUAUCAAAUUUUGGAUAUGUCCAUCUUUUAUUUUUUAAAUGGAAAAUUUUGUGAUAUUCAUUUGGAGUAGUGUGCAAACUGCAAAGUAGGGCUGGACAUUGAUACUUGUUACUCGGUUGAUACUUGAUACUUGACUCGUACUCGACUUGAAAAAGCAAGUACUUGAUGUUAUCAAGUCAAGUAGCAAGUCAGCAAAUUUUACUACUUGCAAGUACAAGUCAAGUAUCAAGUAUUACAAUUUUUUUCUAAUAUUCGACUCAUUACUUGUUUUAUUACUUGUUAUUGGUUCUAAAAGUAUAUAUGACCUAUUAAAAUACUCGUUUUACUUCUCGCAUUGUAAUAAAAAAUAAAAAUAUUAUUCUUUAGGUAUUUUAUAUUAUAAGUACUUAUUUUGAAUGAUUUAUAUACACACACCAAAUCAAAUUACUUGAAUUGAUUGAAUAAAAUAACAUGUAUAUGGAAAAAUAAAAGUAUUUAUUCCAUGUUUAGUUGUACUUAUCAGUUUUGGUACAUUUAGUUUUAAAGUUUUAAACCUAAAUAAACAAGUAUCAAGUAUUACCAAGUAAUUUGUAAGUAUUAAAAAUAUAGGCAAGUACUUGAUUACUAAGUACUUGAUCGGAUCAAGUACAAGUACAAGCCAAAAAUUCUUUUUUUUUUCGUAGGCUCCAUGACAGGGGAUGAGAGUCAUUAAUCCAUGUCCGAAGAAAACCCACCACAGUCUCCAAAUCCACUUCCGGCUCUAACCGACAAAAGCCACCAUCUCAUGCUAUGCAUAAUCCAUAAUAUACUCUCCACAACUCCGCCAAGGGGACGGAGAAAAUCCCAAUAUUAAGUGCAAAGCCUCCAUGCCACACUCCAUACUCAUCUCGCAUAACUCCACCCGCAGUGGCAAGACCCGAAUUACCUCUAGAUGCUCCGUCGGUGUUGAGUUUGAUCCAUUCAUGUGCUGAUUUCUGCCAAGAUAUCUGCGUCUCUAUGCGUUCCCAAACUCGACUGCGUCCACCGAGAUUAUCAUUCGCUACCAUCACUUCCCGAACCUUUUCUUUAUGAAACUUCACCCUGUCUCGACACUUUCCUUCAUCUCCAAAAACGUAACCACAUCUCCAUUUCCAACACCACCGAAUAGUUAGAACAAAGAGCGUGGGCCGUGAGUCUCCCCAAUCUGGUUCUCUCUUCACAAGGUUCUCAAAUAGCCAUUAUAGGAGGGGAAGAGUAAAAAAGCGUUGAUGUCUACUCGGGGGAACAAGUCUUGUCCAUAACUCCGCAGCUGCCGGACAGUCCCAGUCCCGAAGCACGUGAAGGAACUUCUCUUCUCCACCUUUGCACAACGAACACAAACUGUUCUCACAUUCGUCAUGAUCACCUGAUGAAUUACCAACCAUAAGAAAACAUGGACCCGUUCUGGGUUCAUAACACUCCACAUCUGCUGAUACAAAGCUUCUAUGUUCGGCCUCGGCACCGUGUUUCUAGUUAGGAAUGCAUAGGCUGAUUUCACUGUGAAUAAGCCAUUUUUACUCUCUCCCCACGACAUUCUGUUUCUGGCACCAGUCACUUCAUCAAUCACCACUGAAGCCAAUCUCACACAAGCCAAAAAUUAUAAUACUCGCACAAGGCAAAUCAAGUAGUGAGUAGGGACAAAAGACCAAGUAUUCGACUUGCGUCCUGACCUACUCCAAAAUACCAUUACAUUGAAUUGAAUAUUUAGCUAGAAAUGAGAUUUGUUUCGACAAGUCAUAUAUUAUUAUUAUUAUUUAUUUUUGAACGCAAAUCAUAUACUGUAUUAUUUUAUAUAACGGUUUUAAGCUACAAAAGACUGAAAUUAUGUUUAAUUUAGCUAUUAUUAUAUUUCUUUUAUGGGCAAAACCCAAAACCCUAUAGAUCUUACUUCCCACAACCGACGUGCUCCGGGCCAAAUCAGCGAGUGAGUCGGGUCAAAAUCAAAGUCGUCGAAAAAUUCACCUGAGAAAAGAUGUUUGCGAGGCGGUUCACUUCUGCUGUCUUCAAACGAUCAUCUUCAACCUCAAGCUCCUCCGACAAAGCAGCGAAAGAAAAUGGGACGUUGGGCUCUUUUGGUCGGAAGGCAGUGUCUUUUGUCUUGAUUACAGUCACUGGUGGUGUUGCUUUGAGUGCCCUCGACGACCUUUCUAUCUAUCGCGGUUGUAGCAGUAAGGCCAUGGAAAAGGUGAUGAGGAAUAAGGCUAUGAUCGAAGCCAUAGGAGAGCCUAUUGAGAAAGGGCCAUGGUACAAUGCCUCACUAGCUGUUUCUCAGCAACGGCACUCUGUGUCUUGUUCCUUUCCUGUGGUUGGCCCACAAGGCACUGGAAUCCUGCAUCUCAAAGCUGUUCGCAACGGAGAAGAUAGCUUGUUUGGGUUUCUACAGCAAAGGGAGUGGGACAUUCUCAUAAUGGACGCACUUGUCCACGUCCCUUCAAACGAUGGACCCCAACAAACCUUGAGAAUCGACAUCUCUGACUUUGCUCCUCCUUCGGCUGCUACAGACUACAAACCUUCAGAACCAGAAAAGCCAGAGAAGAGCUAGGGGAGAAAGAAUACUACACGUAAAGCUUUGUGGAGCUCCUGGCUAGAGUUUUAUUCCACUCCAUAAUUUCUCAUGCCACCAGCAUACCUUGAAUUUUUUAUUUACUGAUAAUAAAACAAAACCACAUCCGGUUUAGUACUAUACAAAAGUUACAA